UGUGACCCCGGGGAGGCGGGGUGGGGGAAUUUCAGCAGCGCCUCGUCUCUACUCUGCUCCGGCGCUCAGAGCUGCAGGAGAAGCGGACCCGGUUCAGUCAUGAAAACAGCGGCUUUAUUAACAGCGACCGCCUGCCUGGCGGUUCUUCACUGCGUCUGCGCUUCUCCUCUUUACACUGAGGAAGAUGAGUUUGUCUUCAAAACCUGGAUGUCUGAGCACAAUAGAAAAUACAGCCUGGAUGAGUACUACCAGAGGCUGCAGAUUUUCACAGAAAACAAGAGGAGGAUCGACCAUCACAAUGCAGGAAACCACAAGUUCAGAAUGGGACUAAACCAGUUCUCAGAUAUGACCUUCACUGAAUUCAAGAAACAGUAUCUUCUGACAGAGCCCCAGAACUGUUCAGCUACUAAAGGAAGUCAUGUUAGCAGCAAUGGGCCCUACCCAGAUUCCAUUGACUGGAGGAAGAAGGGAAACUUUGUCACCGCUGUAAAGAACCAGGGAUCCUGUGGCAGCUGCUGGACUUUCUCUACUACAGGAUGUCUGGAGUCCGUCACUGCAAUCGCCUCAGGGAAGCUCCCUCUACUGUCAGAGCAGCAGUUGGUAGAUUGUGCUGGUGACUUCAACAACCAUGGCUGCAACGGUGGACUUCCUAGUCAAGCCUUUGAGUACAUCAAAUACAACAAAGGAAUUAUGACAGAAGAUGACUAUCCCUACACAGCUCGAGAUGGUCCUUGUAAAUACAAUCCUAAGCAAGCAGCUGCUUUUGUGAAAGACGUGGUAAACAUCACCAUAUAUGAUGAGAUGGGUAUGGUGGACGCUGUGGCCAGGCUUAACCCUGUCAGCUUUGCCUACCAGGUAACAAGUGACUUCAUGUCCUACACAAGUGGAGUGUACACCAGCACUGAAUGCCACAACACAACCGACACGGUGAACCACGCAGUGCUGGCUGUGGGUUAUGGUGAGCAGAAUGGCACCCCUUACUGGAUAGUGAAGAAUUCUUGGGGAACCAGUUGGGGCAUGGAUGGAUAUUUCUUCAUCGAGCGAGGAAAGAAUAUGUGUGGUCUUGCUGCUUGCUCAUCAUAUCCUCUGCCACUAGUGUAAAUGAUGAAGUUCUUACUUGGAAAGGGAGAAUCAUGUGAAAUCUAUUUUGCACAGCAAAUUUACAUGUUUAGCCUAAAAUGUACAAUCUCACAUAUCUCAAACAUGCAAUUUUUUAAAUAAUUUUUUUAACAGCACCGAAUUGCUGCUUACCAAAUCAAAUAUUUUAUGAUUACUGACAGACAGUAUGAAGAUUUUAUUUUCAUGUAAUAAAGUUUUUCUGAAUAAC